GUUGAACUUGAGCCGGCUUGGGAGCCAGGAGCGAGUGGGUGACAGGUCGCUCCUGACUGGGAAGGUUGCUGGGCAAGUCCGGAUUGUGCCUCCUCUCAGAAGGACCAUGUAGAGAGAGAAGAGGGCAGAGCCGUGCAUGGGGCUGCUCCCCAGGACCCGAGCUGGAACCUGGAGUUUUCAGGGUGAGAUGGUGUCCCUCAGGGAACAGAAGUCUCCAGUCCCAUCUUAAGCUCUGCUGGAUCCCGCGUGACAUCAGCCAGCCCCCUCACUGCUGCUGCCGCUGGGAGCUGUGAGCUCUGUGCUGGGGCCGGCCGGCACUGGGCACAGACACUUAGGCCCUUGUUGGGAGAACAGAGAGAGGCUCUCUUGUCCACUGCCUGUCUUCGGUUCCAGCUGCUGGUUCUCCUAGAGGCCUCUCCUCAGAUUUGCAGAGCACCCUGAUCAUUGCUACAGAAUGAACUCUAGCCCAGCUGGGACACCCAGUCCACAGCCCUCCAGGGCCAAUGGGAACAUCAACCUGGGGCCUUCGGCCAACCCAAAUGCCCGGCCCACGGACUUCGACUUCCUCAAAGUCAUUGGCAAAGGGAACUACGGGAAAGUCCUACUGGCCAAGCGCAAGUCCGACGGGACGUUCUACGCGGUGAAGGUGCUGCAGAAGAAGUCCAUCUUAAAGAAGAAAGAGCAGAGCCACAUCAUGGCAGAACGCAGUGUGCUUCUGAAGAAUGUACAGCACCCCUUCCUCGUGGGCCUGCGCUACUCCUUCCAGACACCUGAGAAGCUCUACUUUGUGCUCGACUAUGUCAACGGGGGAGAGCUUUUCUUCCACCUGCAGCGGGAGCGCCGGUUCCUGGAGCCCCGGGCCAGGUUCUACGCCGCAGAGGUGGCCAGCGCCAUUGGCUACCUGCACUCUCUCAACAUCAUUUACAGAGACCUGAAACCAGAGAACAUUCUCUUGGACUGCCAGGGACACGUGGUGCUGACAGAUUUUGGCCUCUGCAAGGAAGGCGUAGAGCCUGAAAAGACCACAUCCACGUUCUGUGGUACCCCAGAGUACUUGGCUCCUGAAGUGCUUCGGAAAGAGCCUUACGAUCGGGCAGUGGACUGGUGGUGCUUGGGAGCAGUCCUCUACGAGAUGCUCCAUGGCCUGCCACCCUUCUACAGCCGAGAUGUGUCCCAGAUGUAUGAGAACAUUCUGCACCAGCCACUACAGAUCCCUGGGGGCCGGACGGUGGCCGCCUGUGACCUCCUGCAAGGCCUUCUCCACAAGGACCAGAGGCAGCGGCUGGGCUCUAAAGCAGACAUUCUUGAGAUUAAGAACCAUGUAUUCUUCAGCCCCAUAAACUGGGACGACCUGUACCACAAGCGGCUAACUCCACCCUUCAACCCAAAUGUGGCAGGACCUGCUGACUUGAAGCAUUUUGACCCAGAGUUCACCCAGGAAGCUGUGUCCAAGUCCAUUGGCUGUAUCCCUGACACUGUGGCCAGCAGCUCUGGGGCCUCAACUGCAUUCCUGGGAUUUUCUUAUGCACCAGAGGAGGAUGACGUCUUGGAUUGCUAGAAGAGAAGCACCUGUGAAACUACUGAGGCCGGCUGGUAUUAGUAAGGAAUUACCUUCAGCUGCUAGGAAGAGCCACUCAAAGUAACAAUGGCUUAAAUGAGAAGCAGGUUUAUUUUUUCCACCACAUAAAAGAAAAAUAGUAUUAUGGGGUCCAGGGCUAGUAGGACAGGUCAUCAGAUUCUCAGAUGCUGUAUUUCUGCUCUGCCAUCCUUAACAAAUGGUUUCCAAUAUUAGGUUUGCUACAAUAUGGUUAUUGGCACUCUAGCUGCCAAUUUUGUGUUUGAGGAAGGGAAAACAGAAGAAAGGGGAGAAGAGCAAAUGGGCACUUUUUUUUUGAGACGGAGUCUUGCCCUGUCCCCCAGGCUGGA